AUGCCCACCCCAACCACGCGCCGAAAGGCAAGACCGCAGCAGGGGACGAGAUCAUCACCGUUCUCUAUACAGUCAACCCCACAAAGGUGGUUAAUACCGCCUUCCUUACGGAGGGUACGAGAACAACCAGAGUUCAUCACUCUAAGGAAUCGAGGAUAUCCAUCAUCAACCAGGGUGGGAUCUGUAGCUCCUUUAGGGAACCAAGAGUAG